AUGCCACCAGAAUCAUCCUUCACACCCGCGCGGCUAGGCUUCAUAGCCAUCUAUAACCCCUCACUCGGCGAUGAAGAUUCACCCUCGGACCAAAUAGUCUACUAUCGUUCGCCCUCAAGUCGAUCCCGGUCGCCGAAGAAGAAAAGCCGAGAUAGGGAAGAGAGGAAGAAAGAGAGGGAAGAGAGGGAAAGGGAGGAGAGGAAUAGACAGCUUCGACGGGUUGGGCUUGCGCAGGGGAUGAUUGGGUUUGGAAGGACUUUUUCGGGGGGUGAGGCGGUGGAGAGUGUGGAGACCGAAAGGGGGAGGGUGAUUGUUAGGGAGCUUGAGGAGGGGUGGUGGGUUUUGGUUGUGAGUUUUUUAUUUAUUUAUUCUUUGUAUUUUCUGGGGAAGGGGGAAUGAAGAGGGUGAUGCUAAUUUUAUGACCAGUCUAUAAACUCGGAGAUCUUGGUGAAAUCCACCACUACUAAUAGUACGUUCUCGAAAACCACCCCUGGAGCCGAAGUUGUAGAGUACUCGACCCGUGGUCUCAAACCUAAUAUUUCUCUACUUGUGGAUUUGCUGCGUGCUCAUUCGCUAUUUUUAUUGCAUCAUGGGUCUUCGAUGGGUGAGAUAUUCGCGUCUAUCAAACGCGAGGAGUUUAAUGAGAUGGUGACGAGGUAUUGGGACUCUUUUGUUGCGAGUUGGGAUUUUUCUAUGCAUGGGAAUCCGGCGAAUAGGUUGUAUGAUGGGAUUAAGAUUGCCGGAUUUGGAGAGUUGGGCGUUGGUGUUGGAGAGGAAGAGAGCGGGAGUGGGGAGAGGGAGGUGUUGGAGGGGUUUCAACAGAGGCUGGAAGGGUUGGUUGAUCUCAUGGUUGGGAAAUUUGGGAGUCCUGAUACGGGUACUUGUUGUGAGGAGGAACAGGAAGAAUCACAGCAGACAGGAUCCUGGCUUGGUACUGGCAAAGAUCCGGAUGUUGAGGAUGGUGUUAUAUUCAUGGGAAUUGGUGGGUUGUCGAGGAGUGGACUAAAAGAUAUCUCUUAUUUGAUGGAGGAUCUAUAUCGAUGGGGUGAUCGAGCCUAUGGAAUCGAAGCCAAAGAGGCUCCUGACAAAGAGCUCAAGAACGAAGAGCCUUUGGCUUCCCUGAUUUUGACGAUAGAUGGGAGGCAGUUCCGGGUGAUCAUUUAUGCCAACAGACCAUUUAUAUUCGCCUUCAUCUUCAACCCAGAAGCAGAACCACCCACAAACCUCCAACUCGAGGCACUCAUUAAACCUCUGAUACGCUCUACGGCCCCCGAAGAGGCACCUUCAAAAUGCAGCAUUUCAUGGGAUUCAGAUCUUUUGACUCUAAAAUCAACUGUGCCCAACAUACCAGACCUCGAUUCGACCGGCUCACCCCGGUUACAUGUCAAAGCCAUUAAUCUUCAUAUGCAGCUCAUCAAUACUUUUAUUGCUACUAGAGGCACAGAAGAGGAGGAAUGUGUGAGUAAAAGUAAAGAUUGGGUUGCUACUUGGUCACGGGGUGAGAAUUGGGAUUUCGGCUGUAUCGGAAAAGGACAAGGUUUUAGAUUUACAUAACAAUCCAAAAUGAGAUCCUGCGCAGCUUCGUAUGAGAAACACGCCCUCUAAGGUCGAGAAAAAAGGAGCCUUUUUGAGGCACAGGCUACCCCACCUAAUACCACGACCAAGAAACCAUUCAAAAUGUAUAUAAACCUACCCAAAUAGAUUUCGAGAGUGCAGGGACCGAGAUAGACUAAUAACACAUUUUUAGACAUUAUUUUACUAUUUAAUUUGUAUGUGUUAUAAUGGAAGGUCAUGAUUUAGGUGGAUUUGUUAGGUGGGGUGGCCUGUGCCUCAAAAAGGCUCCUUUUUUCUCGACCUUAGAGCACGCCCUUCCAGGUACAUUUAGAAAGAUUUGGGUUUGUAAGUAUACUUUGUCACGUGUAAGAAACAUCCCACUCUGCCCAGGCGUGCUUAUCCCUUUGUGGAAUUCUGCCACCCCACCCCACCUGAAGGCAAGGGUACCUUUCUGCUUGAGCAUGUCAUCUCAAACGCCAUCAACCCAGGACAAAAGCUCUCACUUUUGAGAUCACGAACUUCUUUUAAACCAUACAACCCGAAAUUUACAUCUCAAGAGCCUUCUUGCCACCACAUCACCAAAAAUGGCCUCUCAAAAUGAAACGCGGGGUAUCCGCAUAGCAAUCGAUGUAAGUCCCUCACAUCAGCUUUCCCCGUUUGUCAUCCAUUAAAAGACUUUUUCUAUAUCCCACCCUCACUCUCCAAUUUUUCAAACUCUCAUCCCCAUUCUAUCCUCAGACAUCUAUAACAUAAAGUCUUCUCAAAAACAUCAAUAUAAAAACACCAAAAUGAAUCAAAUAAUAAUCGUGGUGCUAGCGCGGCGGGACCUUCACAGACUGCGUCGGAAACCCAGGCACGGGACUAAUGGAAGACGACGUAAUCAUCAAACUUCUCUCGGAAGACCCAUCAAAUUACUCGGAUGCACCCCUCGAGGGCAUCCGUCGUCUCAUGUCGCAAUUUCUAAAACAGGAUAUUCAGCGUGGUGAGCCGCUUGAUACGACCAAGAUUGAGAGUAUACGGAUGGGGACGACGGUUGCUACGAAUGCUUUACUUGAACGAAAGGGUGAGAAGAUUGUUAUGGUUGUUACGAAGGGGUUCAAGGAUUGUUUGGAGAUUGGAAAUCAAUCGAGGCCUAAGAUAUUUGAUCUGAAUAUUAGGAAACCGGAUGUGCUUUAUGAGAGGGUUAUGGAGGUUGAGGAGAGGGUCACGUUGGAGGAUUAUGCGGAGGAUCCGGAGAGGAUUGUUACGAAGAUUGACUCUAAUAGUGAAGACCCGGAUUUAGUGAAAGGACUAUCUUCGGAAGCUGUGAGGAUUCUGAAGAGGCCGCAUGAGGAAACCAUUCGGAAGCAACUCCAGGAAGUUUACGAUGAGGGGAUCAAAAGUAUGGCUGUCUGUCUGAUGCACGGUUAUACAUUCCCCGACCACGAAGCCCUGGUGGGAAAUAUCGCAAGAGAAAUCGGAUUCAAUCACGUUUCUCUGAGUCACGAGUUGAUGCCUAUGAUCAAGUUAGUUCCAAGAGCUACUUCUGCAUGCGCAGAUGCAUAUCUCACUCCCGCUAUCAAGAAAUACAUCGCGGGCUUUCAGAAAGGAUUUGAAGGCGGCCUUGGCACACGAAGUGUGAAGGAAGAGAAAGGUGCAAAGGGCGCCAGAUGCGAGUUCAUGCAGAGCGACGGUGGAUUGGUGGAUGUUGACAAGUUCUCGGGACUGAAGGCUAUCCUUUCGGGCCCGGCGGGAGGUGUGGUUGGUUAUGCGCUCACUUCUUAUGAUGAAGAGACGAAAAUUCCAGUUAUUGGGUUUGAUAUGGGUGGGACUUCUACGGGUAUGUUUUCCAAGCCAUUUCGUUGGGGUUUGGCAGUAAAAGGGGGUUGGGAAGCAUAAAUAGUGCUGACUUUGUUAGAUGUUUCACGAUACGGUUCUGGGAGAUAUGAACAUGUCUUUGAAACAACAACUGCUGGUGUUACUAUUCAGUCGCCGCAACUGGAUAUCAAUACUGUUGCUGCUGGUGGGGGAUCUCGCUUAUUUUUCAGAAAUGGACUAUUUGUUGUCGGACCUGAAUCAGCCGGAGCCCACCCUGGUCCCGUAAGUUCAAUAUGUUCAAUCAUGGCACUCAGCCUUUCUCGUUUCGAAGACUUGGGCUCGCCUCACCCAUGUUGUCUACUCCUGUCUCAUUGCCUAUAACCUUUGAGGAUUUAUGCUAAUUGAGACUUUCCGUUACUUAGGCUUGCUACAGAAAAGGCGGACCAGCAACAGUAACCGACGCAAACUUGUUUCUUGGUCGAUUACUUCCCGAUUUCUUCCCCAAAAUAUUUGGCAAGAAUGAAGACGAAGGUCUCGAUGUUACCGCCAGUGAAAAGCUUUUGACAGAGCUAACCGAGAAGAUCAACCAAGAGAGCGGCAAAAACAUGACUGCCGAUGAAGUCGCGUACGGAUUUCUGACAGUGGCUAAUGAGACGAUGACAAGACCAAUUCGUUCCUUAACCGAAGCUAAAGGACAUGAUACUUCAAAGCAUCGGUUAGCGACCUUUGGGGGUGCUGGCGGUCAACAUGCCGUUGCCAUUGCUGAGAGUUUGGGAAUUCAUCAGAUACUUGUCCACCGAUACUCUUCUGUACUUUCGGCGUAUGGAAUGGCACUAGCAGAUGUUGUUGAUGAACGACAAGAACCCGAAUCCCAGGUUUGGGUGGAAGAAGGAGAGGUCAAGGAAUCCCUUAAGAAGAAAAUUAGUGAAUUGAAGGAGAAGUCGAAAAUUGCUCUUGUGGACCAAGGAUUUGGAGAGAAGUCCAUUGUCUAUGAAGAGUAUCUGAAUAUGAGAUACCGGGGGACUGAGUCUGCUCUCAUGAUCGUCAAGCCAGAUGAAGCGGAAGUCAAAGAUGAAUUUAAUGGCGAUGAAUGGGCGUUUGGCAAGGCUUUUGUAAAGCAACAUCAGCAGGAAUUCGGUUUUACAUUACCUGAUCGAGACAUCAUUGUGGAUGACGUACGAGUCCGAGGAAUUGGAAAGAGCUUUGAAGGACUGAGCAAGACCGUCGACAAGCAAUUGAAAGAAAUCAAGCCUCAAGACGUGCCUUCUGGCAGCAAGGAGUACGGUCGUUCCAAAGUCUACUUUAAUGGCAAGCGACAGGAUACUCCUAUCUACAAGCUAGAAGACCUGGCUGUUGGUGACAAGAUCAAAGGACCUGCAAUUCUCGCGGAUGGAACUCAAACUAUUGUUGUUACUCCGAGUGCAACUGCGUUGAUCAUUGAAACACAUGUUGUCAUCAAUAUUGGAGAGAAAGACCUCAAUGAUACGUGAGUGGGCAAAUGCAAAACUUUUAUUCCUGCUAAUGAUUUCAAGUUCCUCAAAACCAGACACUACCAAGGAAGUCGACCCUAUCAUGUUAAGUAUAUUUGCCCAUAGAUUCAUUGCAAUUGCCGAGCAAAUGGGAAGAGCUCUAGAAAAGACAAGUGUCAGUACAAACGUCAAAGAACGUCUCGACUACUCUUGCGCAUUAUUCGACUCCACGGGUGGCUUAGUUGCUAAUGCACCGCAUCUUCCCGUUCAUUUGGGAUCUAUGUCAACUUGUGUAAAGCGACAAGCAGAAAUCUGGAAAGGGAAGCUGGUCAAAGGGGAUGUGAUUGUUUCUAAUCACCCAGAGUAUGGUGGAACGCAUUUACCAGAUAUUACAGUUAUCACUCCAGCAUUCGACCCUUCAGGCAAAAACAUUCUGUUUUACGUCGCUUCUAGAGCACAUCAUGCCGAUAUCGGUGGUAUUCUUCCCGGAAGUAUGCCCCCUCAAUCACGAGAGCUGUACCAAGAAGGUGCCGCGAUCAAAUCCGAGAAACUCGUCAGUGCUGGAAGAUUUAACGAGGAACGAAUUACCGAACUGCUAUUGACGGAGCCUGCGAAGUAUCAAGGAUGUAGUGGAACAAGAUGUCUUGCUGACAAUAUCUCUGAUCUCAAGGCCCAGAUCUCAAGUAAUAUGAAGGGAAUCAAUCUGAUUUCUACCCUGAUCGAGGAAUAUGGUGAGGAAGUGGUGAACUUCUAUAUGGUUAACAUCCAGAAGAAUGCUGAGCUGAGUGUGCGGAAUCUUCUGAAGGACGUCAGUAAGAGUUUUGAGGGGCAAGACCUCUCGGCUGUUGAUUAUAUGGAUGAUGGAAGUCCGAUUAAACUUAAAAUCACAAUUGAUGCCGAGAAAGGAGAAGCGGUUUUUGAUUUCGCUGGCACAGGCCCAGAAGUUUACGGUAUGUGAUAAUUAUCCCCUUCCCAUUUAAGAUAUCUAAAUACUCACUGGUGUUAGGAAACACGAACGCACCCCAAGCCGUAACAUACAGUGCAAUCAUCUACUGCCUCCGCUGUCUGAUUUCCGAGGACAUCCCCUUAAACCAAGGCUGUCUUAAACCCAUCAAAGUGCUCAUCCCACCAAAAUCCUUCCUCUCCCCCUCAGACAAAGCUGCCGUGGUAGGCGGUAAUGUCCUUACAUCCCAACGUGUAACAGACGUCAUCCUCAAAGCAUUCCAAGCCUGUGCUGCCUCACAGGGAGAUUGCAACAACCUAACCUUCGGGUUCGGAGGCAAUGUCACAGGCGAGGAAGCUACAAAGGGCUUUGGAUAUUACGAGACGAUUGCGGGAGGUAGCGGUGCAGGACGGAACUGGGAUGGCACGAAUGGAGUGCAUACCCACAUGACGAAUACUCGCAUCACCGACGCAGAAGUCUUCGAGAGAAGAUACCCCGUCAUCCUUCGCGAGUUCUCCAUCCGCGCUGGCUCCGGCGGAGCAGGUACGUACCGCGGCGGCGACGGCGUCAUCCGCGACAUCGAGUUCCGCAUGCCCGAAACGCAGGUUUCCAUCCUCAGCGAGCGACGGGUCUACCACCCUUACGGUCUUGAAGGCGGCGAGGACGCACAGUGCGGACUUAAUCUCUGGGUCAGGAGGGUGGAGACGAGUAAUCCUGAGCGAUCGGAUGCUAUGUUGAAUGGUGGACAGGCUGUUGGCGAGGCGGUCUAUGAGGAGAGGAGGAUUAAUCUCGGUGGUAAGAAUACGGCGAAGAUGUUGAAGGGGGAGAGGAUUAUUGUU